CAUAACGACUCAAGAAAGCUACUAACGACUUUACAAGAUGCCUUUAAAUGGUACUUUAAAGCCAAGCUCGCUUUAUAUAGCAUUGGACUCACGUCCAUUCAAUGAUGAAUACCAUUGGGCCCUCGUAACAACGGAUCAUUCACGCCGCGCCACGCUACGACAUGCCUCCAAUUUGAGCGGGACAUGGAAGCGCGAAGAAAAGGACUUUCGCCCGGAUGAGCGAAUGAUGCUCAUCGCUUUAGUCAAGGUCGCGAAUAUAUCCGACCCGGAAAAAAUGAUCGAGGCAACACGUAGCGUGCCAGUUGACGGACUCCCUUCGCGUCGGACGGGAAGAGAUUUCAACUGCCUGACUUGGCUUUUAGACGCAAUUGUGGCCCUUGACGGCCAAGCUAUAAUUUCGCUUCCUUGUGAUAUCGAUACGUUGGAGCAAAUUGCCAGGAAUUGCGCUGCUCGCUAUGCAGAGGCCGCCGAGACAGGACGUGGCGCAACUGUUGUUGACGAUCCCUUGCUUGACAAACCGCCUACCAGUGCCGACUAGGGGAGGCGUUAGGUGUAGGCUCAAUUAUCGGUUAACCACACAUAACAUGUCACGGAUUAAGAGUGAAUAAAUGUUCCAAGACGUUUGUGAUAUACCUUACAGGCGCUUGCAUAUAUACCUCCGAGGACGAAAUAGCUAGGCUUUUGGCAGCUUACUCUAAUCGGAAACUUGUUAACACUAUCCAGACAAACACGACGACGAUGUUCAUCUCAAAGACUAC